AUGAUUCCAUGGGUAAUUUUGCUUAUUCCUCAAAUUUUGGCUGGCACUAUACAUGAGCCAGAGAAGCCAGACCCAUUGACGGAAGUGCACCAGGACCUGGCACGAAAAGCCGUCGAAGAUUUGAAUGCUCGAUCAAAUGAUUUGUAUCGAUGGGAUGUCUACUCGAUUGAUCAAGUACAUCAACAAAUGUACAAUGGAAUACAGUAUCAAAUACAACUGACUUUGGUGCAAACUGACUGCAGAAAGACUGUAAGUAUACGGAAAAUAUGGAUAAGUAGGAAAACGAUAUCUUACCUUUAA